UCUCUCUCUCUCUCUCUCUCUCUCUCUCUCUCUCAACUUAAUUACUAGAUUUAGCCUCUCUAUAUAUUCCAUAGCUCUCCUUAUUUCUCGUUACUCCAAAACUACCUCAAAAACACAUGGUCUUACCACUAAAACAAAACAGAAAACUACCACGUAGAGGUUGUGAAAGAAAAUGAAGAUUUCGAAGCUCCGUUGCUGGGACUGGUGUAAGGAGCAAAGAACGCGUGCUUAUAUCAUCUGGAGGUGUUUGCUUUUCUUGUUACAGUGGGAAGACUAAAGAUCGAACAAGAAUGGUGAUUAAUCUAAAUGGUUUAUUAACACACUCUGUAGUCUGUACAAAGAAAAUCCAAUGGAGAUAUGCUUUCUUUUUAAUCUUUAGACCAUGAUUAACCCGGAGUUCUUAGAGUGGAGUUCUUAACGGAAGUUAAGAAACUGUUUCUUAAUUUUUAACUAAAAAAUUAAGAAACAAUUUUUAGUUAAAAUUAAGAAACAAUUUUUAACUAAAAAAUUAAGAAACAAUUUUUAGUUAAGAACUUUAAGAACCAGUUCUUAGCUUUUUUAGUUAAAAAUUAAGAAACAAUUUUUUAACCAAUUUUUUAACUUCCGGUAAGAAUCUCAUCCUAAAAACCCCGGGUUAAUCAUGCUCUUAUAUCUUCUAGACUAAUAUUUUAGAAUGAUAAUAUAUUAUAUUAAUGGACCAUCUAUUUAGUCGACAUAAAAAUAGUGCAUCCAAUUUUUAAAAAUACACAUAAAUAUGUUUGUGUGUUUGUCUUCUUUUUCCAUAGAACCAUAAUUAAGGAAUUUAUAUUAUAUGACUAUGUGUG